UUCUCUCAUCUUCUUUCCAACCAAAAGUGUUUUUGUUGGGAUAUGUCUCGUCUGAGGGUAGGAAAGAAGCUUGAGCCUGCCAAGAAGACUUGGAAGAGCAUCUCCAAGAAAGUGCAAUCAAAAGUCCACAAACUCAACAUUCCAAAAUCCAUCGAAGCCACCUUCAAACACCUCCUUGCCAUCUUGCACUCCCUUCAUCAUCUCAUACCCUCGAGAGGUCGUCGUCGUUGCUCUCUCCCUUCGAAUAAUUACCAUGUUCAUCAUUGCAAGAAGAACAUGUCUGCCAUACGCAUAGAUAACCUCUUUACUGAGCCUUCUUCUGUGCAUGCACAUGAUCAAGGGAAAACAAGCAGAGGCAAAGAGGUGAUCAUUGACAGUAGCAUGGAUACUAUAGAGGAUGCAUGGAAGGCUUUGGUUGCUAAGACCCCCGAGCUUCACGUUGAUCAGAAGGUAGAGGAGUUCAUUGCCAAGUUCCGCGAAGAAAUGAGGCUUCAAAAAGAGAGGUCUUUGCAGGAAUUUCUGGAAAUGCUAGCCUGAGGUUGCAGACAUUAUUAUUUAUCUCCACUAUUCUGUGUGUUACAU